GCUCCACGUGGGCCUCAGCAAAGCGAGCCGUAAGUCCAACCAGGUGGUGAUGGAGGUGGGGGAGGACAUGGUGCGGCAGGGCUGCGGGGGGCUGCGCGCGACCUCCGCUACUUUCCUCUACAUGGACCUGACCCGCGUGAUGGAGUGGUGGCUCGGGGCCGAGGGCGGGCGGUUGCGCGUGCGGCUGCUGCCCGAGCGGAAAGCGCAGGUUCCGGGCAGAGAGGAGCUUUACUCCGCCGCCAUCAGAGCCUCGGACGCGAGGCUGACGCUGCACAUGGAGAGCGGCUUGUCUUCAGCCAGAAGUACAGGAAGCACAGACGUCUCCCUCCGAUACUGGAACUUCACUUGGACAGCAGAGGACGAAAUCGGCUUCCCCAAGGAGAUGGCAGCAAGCACAGGUUUGGAGUGUUCUACAAAGGGAAAGUCAUGCAACCUUGGCUCUGAUGGAUACCAUCCAGAGUUCGCAUGGAGUAUAACAUCUGCAGAGGACUCCUGGGCAGAGGAUCAUGGAGGCAUGGAGACCACCGGUGGAAAUUCUCAAGGCUGGGAGGAAGGGCGCUUUCUGUCAGUGAACGGCUCGGCUCUGGAAGGGCCGUGGGUUCUGAGUCCGUGGCUGCGUGCUCUCUAUUGGCCCUGUGAAUUGGAUGUGACAGUGUUUCUGCACCCCAGGCAGAAAGGGCGCUACACAGUGUGGCUCAUCGAGAGAGAUAAACCUCCUCUGGCUCUGCUCACUACCGAACCUCCCCACAUCACAGGCUGGGCAGUGGUGCACCUCAGCCUGGGCUCACGGGCCAAACCUUUCAGGAUCUCGUCAAGUUACAACCAGCCUGGAGAGCAGGAGACCGCUACCUACGACCCCCUCUUCAUCACAAACUGCACCAUGGAGACCUCUCGAAAUGUCACCCUGGAGGGCCGUUACCACUGCAGAGAGGGUCAGGAUAUCAGCCUGGGCCAGCUGUGUGACUUUACUCCUGAUUGUCCGCAGGGGGAUGACGAGGGCGAGGCGUGCCGUCAGUUCCUCAAUGGCAGCUACUGCUCUUUUGAAGAUGGCGAUUGUGGAUGGCAGCUGGUGUCAAGCAGAAGUCCCCACAAGGUGGUCCACCCCUCCCUUCCGAAAGGGCUCAGGAGCAGCUGUCCAUCAUCAGGGGCUGUUUUGGCUGUAGAAAGUCAAUCCAAAGGUCAACGGGGGUCAGUAGUUGUGCGGAGUCCACUCUUCCUCUACCCUCUGCGGAACGCCCCGUGCAUGGUGCAGUUCCAGGUGUGUGGGAAUCCAAGAGGUGCUCUGUCUCUUUGGAUCGUGGAGAACAGCACAGGACCUGAGGGCCAAAGAAGUCUAUGGAACUCUACCAGCGAAGCCAAGAUAGACAAAGGCUGGAGAUUCAUCACUUUCCCACUGUUUGGAUUGGUCGACUCGUUCUACCUGCAGUUCAUUGCAGAUAUUUCUCCUGACUCUGAUGUGGCUUUUGCUGUGGAUAAUUUCACUCUUAGCAUGAACUGCUUCCUUGCAACAAAUGGAGAAUUCCCUCCAGUGUUUCCCACAAGAGCUUCAGAAGGGAAGCUCAGACCCAUCGGUCCAAUCACGACCACCAUGUCAGUGCGUGAAGAAUUUUCUCUGCUGCCCACAUCAAACCCUAUGAAGUGGUUUUUUCAUACCUGUGGGGCCAUAGGAGCUGAGGGCCCGACUCCCUCUCAGUGCGCCAGCGCCUACCGGAACACCAAUGUCAACGUGACUGUGGGAAUAAAGGGAGUGCUGAAGGGCAUCCAGAUGUGGAGAGUUCCAGAGACAGGAACAUACAGGAUUACAGCUUAUGGUGCGGCAGGUGGACGCAGCGUUCUGACCAUGCUCAGAUCACAUGGGGUCUGCAUCACAGGAGACUUCAAGCUGCUGAAAGACGAGGUGCUGUACAUCCUGGUGGGACAGCAGGGAGAAGACGCCUGUCCUAAAGCUCUGGAGCCUUUGCGUCAGAUUUGUCGUGAUCAGAAAGGCCCUCCAGACAGCAAGAGCGUACUCAGAGGGGGAGGAGGAGGAGGGGGGGGCGCAACUUACAUUUUUAAGGUGGACAAUGGAGUCUACAUUCCUCUGCUCAUCGCCGCUGGGGGUGGAGGCCGUGGCUACAGCGGUCACUCAGAGGGCCAGGGGGAGAUGGUGGACGAUGGCCUCAGCAUCCAUGGCCUAAACGGCAUGUCAGGAGCUGCAGGGGGUGGUGGAGGCUGGAAUGACAGCACCCCUGUCCCUCAGGGUGGGAGACCGCUGGUUCUUGGAGGUCAGGGAGGAGAAUCAUGCCAAACUCUGGGCUGGAAGACUCGUGGGGGCUUUGGGGGAGGUGGAGGAGCAUGUACCAGUGGAGGAGGAGGAGGAGGCUACAGAGGUGGCAGCACCUCAGUAAACAAUGACCCUGAACAGGAUGGAGGGGAUGGUUCAUCCUUCAUCAGCCCAGAUGGAGAGAUUUUCAUGGAUGCACUCAAAGGCAUGGAGGGCGAUGGUGAAGUGAUCAUUAACCCAGUGCAGAACUGCAGUCACUGUGAGUCAGGAGAAUGCCAUGAGACUUUGGAGGGAACAGAGUGUUAUUGUGAGGAUCAAAUUCUGGCCUCUGAUGGAGUGUCCUGCAUCAACUCUACAGUGAUACAUCAGCUCCCGCAGCCCUCUCUCUCUCGCCUGGCUUUGGCGCUGUCCGUGGGCACGUCUGCGCUCAUUGCAGCCCUGCUGCUGGCCGUGUCAGGAGUCAUGAUCAUGUACAGGCGCAAGCACACUGAGCUUCAGUCCAUUCAGCUGGAGCUGCAGAGUCCGGACUGCAAGCUGAGUAAGCUGCGAGCGUCCACAAUAAUGACCGACUACAACCCCAACUACUGUUUCGCUGGCAAGAUGGCAUCUGUGAACGACCUUAAGGAGGUUCCCCGCCGCAACAUCUCCCUGACCAGGGGUUUGGGGCAUGGUGCUUUUGGAGAGGUCUAUGAGGGUCUGGCUGUUGGAAUACCUGGAGAACCCAGUCCCAUGCAGGUAGCAGUCAAGACGCUUCCAGAGGUGUGCUCUGAGCAGGAUGAACUGGACUUUCUGAUGGAGGCUCUCAUAAUCAGUAAAUUCAGCCAUCAGAACAUUGUGCGGUGUAUAGGGGUGAGUCUACAGGCCUUGCCUCGCUUUAUUCUGUUGGAGCUGAUGGCUGGAGGAGACCUCAAGAGCUUCCUUAGGGAGACAAGACCCAGACUGGAACAUCCUUCCAGCCUCACCAUGGUGGACCUUCUCAACAUAGCCAGAGACAUAGCUCGUGGCUGCCAGUACCUAGAGGAGAACCAGUUCAUUCACAGGGAUAUUGCAGCCAGGAACUGCCUGCUCACCUGUAAAGGUCCAGGAAGAGUGGCCAAAAUCGGAGACUUUGGCAUGGCCAGAGACAUCUACAGAGCCAGCUACUAUAGGAAAGGUGGCCGUGCCAUGCUGCCAGUUAAAUGGAUGCCUCCAGAAGCCUUUAUGGAAGGAAUAUUUACAUCCAAAACUGAUACAUGGUCUUUUGGCGUGUUGCUAUGGGAGAUUUUCUCUCUGGGUUAUAUGCCCUACCCUAGCCGCAGUAAUCAGGAGGUUCUUGAGUUUGUCACUAAUGGAGGCAGGAUGGACCCUCCAAAGAACUGCCCUGGUCCAGUAUAUCGGAUAAUGACGCAGAGCUGGCAGCACCAACCUGAAGACAGGCCAAACUUCUCCACUAUCCUAGAGAGGAUUGACUAUUGUCUUCAGGAUCCGGAUGUUGUGAACGUCCUGCUGCCUGUGGAGUAUGGCCCUGUGCCUGAGGAGGAGGAGAGGGUGCCCAUGCGUCCAGAGGAUCCUGCCACAGCCUCUCUGCUGGUUGCUCCUCCGGGCCCAGAGGAAGCAGCUUCUGCUCCCUCGUCUCGCUCUGAGGAGGCCAAGAGGGCUGCUGAGGCUCUGCUGAUGGGCAGCCACCUGGCUGAUGGUAAGCCUGGAGCUCCCUCUCAGCCCCACUCACACCCGCAGGCCCCCCCAGGACCUGGGCAGCCGGCCUGCAGCAAGGGCUCCACCGCAUCCCCCUCAGCCCAGGACGGAGGCCACGUCAACCUGGGCUUUACCCAAGCCCACCCAAGCGAUAAGGAAAACCGCAACGGGAAGCCAACCAACCUGUGGAACCCUACCUAUGGCUCAUGGUUCCUCCAGCAGCAGCAGAAGCGGCAGCAAGCCCAAGCCCAGGCCCAGGCCCAGGCCCAAGCCCAGGCCCAAGCCCAGGCCCAAGCCCAGGCCCAGGCCCAGAGGCAGGCCCAUGGGGUCCAGCAGCGGCUCCCAGCUGAGGGUCAGGAGCACUCGGGCAGGACUGUGACUGUGGCCGAGGCUCUGGGCCUGCAGCACCAGCACAAGCAGCAACAGCAGCAGUACCAGCAGCAGAUCCAACGCCAGCAGCAGCAACAACAACAACAACAACAAGGCCUAUGCAGGCCUCUAUUACCCCCUCCUCCCCCACCAGCCCCCGCACCCUUGUUGCUGGAUUCAGCAGCCCUCCCCCCAGUCCCGCUCUACAGACUGCGCCGCUUCCCCUGUGGCAACAUCGGCUAUGGCUACCAGGAACAAGGCCUGCCUCUUGAGCCCUCAAUGUCUGUGUCAGGACCCCAGGCCACCAUCGCUGUCUCACCACCUCCUGCGCCUGUCCCUCAAAUCCCAGUCCAGCAAAGACCCAUCUCAAUGGCCCGGACGAGCGGCCCUGAGGAUGGCCGUCCCCUGUUGGUCACCAUGGGAACAGUGCAGGACUCCAGACUCCCUAAGAUGGAAGGGCACAACGCCACAGUGCUUUAACACUCUCUCCUUCAGUGCCCACUCCAGAAAACACUGUGCCAUUCCACCUCAGCUCAUGGCCAUGCUUCUCAGCCAAGGCAAUGUCCUCCACCUCUCUCUCUCAACGACGUCUGGGGUGAACCCUGAUUGCUUUAAUAUCGUAAUGACCUCAGCAGAGGCGAUCAGUGCUGGGUAAUGCUUCAGAUGAAGGGAGGUGUAAAGUGCAUUCACAACACUUUAUAUGAAGAUUUUAUUACACUUUCCUCUGUGUUGCAAAUCCUUUUUUAAGUGCCUUUAUGAAACUUUUAUUCAGCCUGCACAACUGUGGAAUAGAAGUGCUUGUGACUAACCAAAAUGUCAAAAUAAAAGUCUCCCUUUAGAAACCUGGCCUUAAGGUCAAUUUAUUGAAAUUAAAUAUUUGAGGCCAUUUAGUCAAAUGUGGACAGUGUCUCUCAUUUAGUUUAUUUUUGUUUAUUUAUUUAUUUUCCUCAGGACAUUAAUGUGCUUUUAACAAAGUAAAAAGAAAGCCUGGUACAAGAAACGUGCAUGUGGCCAUUAAGGCUUGGUGCAAUUAUAGAUUGCAGUUAUUUUUCAAUUAGGAAAUGAUUAUGCAGUUAAAUAAAGGAAUGAUUUGAAAAUAAAGAGAUGUGUUUAAAAUAAGCUUAAAAGCUGCUCUGACCCUUUUAGGUCAUGGUGACCACUGAAGUUCUGCAUCAUUUCUGAAUACUGGAUAACGUGCCACUUUAUCUUCAGGGUUCAGAAAUAUUUUAUAUCAACCCUGAAAAACGUCGGUUUCUUUUAAGGGUCCAAAUGUUGUUCAUUAACCAGUAAUGAACAGCUCUGCUCAGAGUGGUCAGAAGUCUAGACAUUUUAUUACAAUCUGAAACAGGGGCGUUUCCAAGUCUUUUGACAUCUUAUGUCUAGUGACAAAGUCCACAGUUGCAUCACAGGUGGCAUACGCUGAUGAAAUGUUUCAAGAAGACAUAUUCAAAGAAUGCGCAACAUCGGAAAAAGUCUUCUUGUAGAGUGUUGUGAAUUCUUAUGUGUUACCCAAGACAGAUUCUCACCCAAACAGUCUGACUUCCACGGAACGGGCCUGUUUAACAGUGUAAAAUUAUGUCAGUGUCCUUGAAGUACAACAGAACUGUUUCUUUCCAUUUUCUUCUGGGAUUCUGCAGGAGGUACUGCAACACUGGAAGCAACACAUUACGAGUUUUAAAGAUGACACCUGGAGUCCCUCAUGAGAACAUAACCUGCAAAAUGCACUGCAGGAUUUCAGCUUUUUUUUUUUUUUCUUUUUCAGAGACAGGUGGAAAAAAAAAAUCUACGAGUUUGUUGAUGUUUGCUUGCCUGCUUGUUUAUUUAUUCAUUUGUUAAUUUAUUAUUUGGAAGCCGUGUAAAUUAUUAAUGGGUGUGCUUCAUAAGCCAAACCGCUCCAUUCAUUAUGCAUCAUUUUGUUCACUCGUGGACUCGGUUGGCUUUUAAACUACGGCGGUUUUCAUCUGACUUGAAAUUUAAUGAAUUAAAUGAAUCGCUAAUGGCUUGUGUUUUACAAACGGACUGGUGUUUUAAGCGUAAAGGUAAAGGCUGAAAGGUAAAGUCAUCUGUUGCCAUGGUAUUUUGG